GUCUGACAGCGAACUCAUUAUUGUUCGGUUCUUAACAUCAUUUACCAGUAUCAUCCAGGGAGUUUAGUAGCCACAGUGAUUUACCGACUCCACCAUAUUUUUGUCUCCACAGAAUGAAGACCAUUCUCAGCAGUCAGUCUGUAGACCUCCCCGACAAUGUCGAGGUGAAGUUAAAGGGACGGACAGUGACUGUCAAGGGUCCCCGUGGUAAACUCACCAGAGAGUUCAACCACAUCAACCUGGAACUGUCCCUGCUCGGCAAGAAACAGAAAAGGCUCCGUGUUGAUAAAUGGUGGGGAAAUAGAAAGGAGCUGGCCACAGUGCGCACCAUCUGCAGCCAUGUCCAGAACAUGAUCAAGGGAGUCACAUUGGGAUUCAGAUACAAAAUGCGCUCUGUGUACGCCCAUUUCCCAAUUAACGUCGUGAUCCAGGAGGGUGGCAGUAUGGUGGAGAUCAGAAACUUCUUGGGAGAGAAGUACAUUCGCCGUGUCCGAAUGAGGGCUGGUGUUGUCUGUUCAGUCUCACCUGCCCAGAAAGACGAGCUCAUUCUUGAGGGCAAUGACAUUGAGCUGGUGUCAAACUCAUCUGCUCUGAUCCAGCAGGCCACCACAGUCAAAAACAAGGAUAUCAGAAAAUUCUUAGAUGGUAUUUAUGUGUCUGAGAAGGGAACAGUUGUGGAGCCAGGUCAUUAAAAGUUCCACCUGCAGCCGUAGAGCCUCUUUGAUCCAACAGGCCACCAUGGUCAGAAAGAAGGACAUCAGGAAGUUUCUGGAUGGCAUUUAUAUCAGCGAGAAAACAACUGUGGUGGAACCAGAAGUUGAAUGAACGUUCCCUGUGUUCUCUAAUGACCAAUAAAUCUACCAACUUUUUCAAUGAA